AUGCAGUUAACAACUGUGUCACCACCCCCUUCAAGCUCUUUAACGUCGAAUCACGUACCACAACUAAAGCUGGAGCUCUCACGUACUGCAAGUGAACGCACGAUACCGCUUGUAUUACAACCACAGGCACCAUGGAAAGACUCGGAACGCAUUGCGCAGUUUGUGGCAAACAUGACCAGUGCCGUCUUGAUAGUUGCCAUUGCGAGCUAUUACUUGAUCCCAAUGGCUACAUUUGUGAUAACAAAGACCCCGUGUUUUGCAGCACAAAUGCACGCUAAUGCAGCUUGGACAGUCGAAAAUGUCUUGGUCGUGCUUACAGAUGGGUGGCAGGCCAUGCAACGACUGAUAAGAAAGCCAUCUAGCUCGUUUGUUUCAGUAUUGCACGGAAUGUACAGUAGUCCGCAAGUCACUGCAGCACUCACACUAACGCUUGCGAGUUUGGUGCUCAUCCGCAAGUACAAAGUCAUUGGUUGGCUCCUGUACCUGCAAGUCGGCGUAAUGCUACAGUGGGUAAUCGCACUAUACCAAUUGGCACGCAUUAUCUUCUCCAUGUCGUGCUAUAUCACUGUAAAAUUUACAAAGGUUUUAUUUGCGCUUCUCCGAUGUGGCUAUGAAAGUAUCUUUGGUGUACGUUACCGACAGGCUAUGGCGCUGCGACAGCUUAUGAGAACUGCGCCGACACACGCAGUGUGGGCAAAGAUGGCCGAGUAUUUGGAUAACCUGGAGGGCAAAGACCAUUGGAAAACCACCAUAUCUGACGACGAUUUGGAGCAUUGUGACUUUGCUCAGCUACAAACGAAUUUGUCUGCUCUAAAACGUAUUAUGGGUGAAGCAAGACCUAACAUCCGACAGCUUGGAUACAUGAUGGCUGCGUGCGUUAUGCGCAAUGAGCUGGGCGUGGAUUCGCCAAACUUGCAUCUUGAGUGCAAAUCUGGCACCAAAAGUGUAAUCAAAGAGUACAAUGAUACUAUUGUGCGCGCUUUGGAGAUGUUAGGCAGCUCGAGUGAAGAGGAGUUUCCGCGUGAGGAAAAAGCUCAAUUUUUCAAGCAUAUCAAGCAGUCGUUUGGCUCGACCGCGUUGUGUCUUAGCGGUGGUGGCUCAAUUGCCAUGUAUCACAAGGGUGUUGUCAAGGCGCUACUUGAAGCUGACCUUAUGCCAAAUAUCAUAUCAGGUUCCUCAGGCGGUGCUAUUACAGCAGCUAUGAUUGCUUGUCAAACGAACAGAGAGCUGCUUGACAACAUCAUCCAAGAUGACAUCUCAACCCGAUUUAAACCUCUCGGAAUUCGAUGGUUUCCGCCCCUGCUCGAUCAGAUCACACACUGCAUCAAGACAGGAUUUUUAGUCGAGUGCUCGAGUUUCGAACGCACGACUCAGCACUACUUCGGCGAGCCUCUAAAUGGGGUGCAUAAAUCAAUGCAUUACACGUUCCAGGACGCCUACCUUAAAACGGGUCGUCACGUGUGCAUCACUGUCUCAGCUUCAGAUGUCAAUUGUGCUCACAAAGGCCCCAGGAAGUUGCUAUUGGACCAUGUCAACUCACCUCACGUUCUGCUUUGGAGUGCAGUGGCCUGCUCAUGCUCUCUACCCGGUAUCAUGAAAGGAAAGCAGCUCAUGGCGCGCGACUUUGACGGCAAUGUUGUUCCAUAUAACUCGCUGGGCAAGGAAUGGUGCGAUGGUAGUAUUCAGCACGAUUUGCCCAUGGAGACGAUGGCCAGCUGCUUUAACGUAACAAACUUCAUUGUGUCACAAGUGAACCCCCACGUUGUGCCAUUUGUGGGGGACGAAAUCAACCAGCCUGGUUUUCGCAAGAGCAUUUUCCACAUGCUAGAAAGUGUUAUUGCUGCUGAUGUGCGCCACCGCCUCAAGAUGCUGGCGUUUCUGGGUCUUUUUCCUAAGAUCUACGGUCACCAGUUUAGCGCAUACUUUCGGCAGAAUUUCUCGGGCAAUGUGACUCUCGUGCCCGAGUUUUCAUUCCAAGAGGCGAUCGGUAUCAAGGCCAUUCAGAACCCGACCAAGCAAGAUAUGCACAAUUACAUCAAAGGUGGACAGCGCACUGCGUGGUCAAAAUUGGCCUAUAUCCGCCACCUGUGCAGCAUUGAGAAGUGUUUAGACCGUCAGCUCCAGCGUUUACUGGGACCUUCUGUAGCUCCAUACAGCAAUUGGCUACACCCGGACUCGAUGGAGCUGAAGUCUGAAAACGAGAAAGUCUCAUGUGGUGCGUAG